AUGCGUGAAUUAGAGGAGAAAGUGGAAUUUAUGGAGCGUCAACUGUACUUCACUAAAAUAGAGAUAAGAAACGUACCUCAAAACCUUGGAGAGAGUAAUGAGGACCUUUGUGCUAUUGUGGAGAAGACAGCUGCUGUGAUUGGGCAUAACUUGAAUUUAUCAGAAAUAAAAGAUGUCUACCGAGUCAAAAACAAAGACAAAUCUAGCACGAUAAAUGUUGAUUUUAUAAGUUCAUUAACCAAAAAUAGUAUCGCAAAAAAGGCGCGUAAAUUUAAUAACAACAAUAAACAAAACAAGCUAAAUACGACGCAUCUUAAUGUGUCAGGUCCCAGUAAGCCAAUAUACUUAUCAGAAAAAUUAACGCCGAAAGCGCAGCGCUUGUACUUCUAG